CCCUCCCGGCCCUCUGAGGGCGCAGGGAUCCGAACACCCAUUCGAGUACGACUAGAGACGACAGACACACACAAUGGCGAACCUCAAGUUCGCCGUUAGCAUGCAACGGCUUGUUCCGUUUCUCGGCUUCCACCAUGUGCUCAUGGUAUUAAUAGCAAUCGCUAUCAUUCUACUAUCACUAUUACUCGCAGGAUGCUCAUCCACAUCACCACUCAUUCCCGGCAUCUUCCUCAUCUCGCUAUGGUAUGAAAAGUACACACCCGCCUAUGCGCCCGAACAGGUCGACCCCGGCGUCACGCAAGCCAUCGCAAACAUUGUCGGAAAUGCGCAGCUCGGUGUGCGCGUCGGAUACUUCGGUAUCUGCAUCAACAGAGACGGCGGUGGCUACAUUUGCUCCAACAACGCCACCGCACUCGUCGACAACCUGAACGUCGACCAAGACCCCCUCAACCUCGUCUGGGUCGCAGCAACCUUCAAGGACGCCGUCGUCUUCCCCUACCUCCUCAUCGUCGCCAUCAUCCUCGCAUUCUUCACCUUCGUUCUCCUCGCCACCUUCCCCGGCUGGCACGAGGAGCGCGACGAGCAAACCGGCUCCGACGUCGACGUCAAGCCCUUCCCCUCAAGACCCGUCUCGCAAGUCGCUCUCGCGCUCAUCUUCAUCUCCUCCAUCUUCGUGCUCGUCUCCGUCCUCUGGCAACACACCGCGUCUGUCGCAGCAGCCACGAUAGCGCAAGACCUGGGCAACGGCAGCGUCAAGUCUGGCGUCGGCACAUCCGCCAUGGUACUCGGCUGGUUCGGCUUCGUCCUGCUCAUAAUAGUAACCAUCGGGUUGCUCGUCAUGAUUCUUAGCAUCAUUGUUCUCGACCGCCUCACCGACAAUGACUAAUGCGGCACGGGCAAAUCAUGAUGAGGAACAGAAAAUAAGAACCAGUUGUUUAUAACGAAGAUUGAUAUUUUGGGCACCGAAGCGUUUUUGGCCUGUUUUCUUCGCUUCACUUCGAACUAGAGAAAACGUUUUACAUACCCUUUUUGGUUUUGGCCAGCCUUUGUGCGCCACGAGAACGAUAAAUAUUUGCAUUCAGGGCGCUUGGGUUUAAUGACUUGCAUAUGACGCGAAAAGUCGCGGAGAACGAGAAUGAGAAGGCUCAAUUUGAGCUGGGAUUUGGAUGGAAUGACGGCUGAAUGCCGAUGGGAUUGUAUCUAUAUAGCACACAAAUGAAAGAAUGAAAGUAAUACGG